AUGAAAAUGAUUUUGUUUGUUCUCAUCGUUUAAGUAUUCAGCUAAAGCUGUUUAAGUUCAUCAGGAACAUAAGUUGAUUGGUGGCUAAUAUUCAAACUGCCUGCUGAUACAAGCAUACCAUAUAGUGGAUUUGAAUAUUAUUAUUGUGACUCACAGAAUGAUUGCACCUCCAUGAACUUUAUGAAUGAUGAUUUAAGAGACUAUACAUCUCCUCUAUAAAGAACUGUAGCUUAAAUCUCCUUUACAUCAGGUACAACUAUGAAUGUUGUAUGGAAUGAUUAACCUUUUGGAAAAUCAACGAUUUCUGACAGAGCUCACUCUAAAGGCAUUUUAUCAGCAUCAAAUGCAUAAGGAUUUAUAAUAAAUCAUUCCACUCCAUAAUUUCCUGUAUUUGAUGAUUCAUAAAGGUAUUAUUUGUUAAAAUAUAUUCAGUACAAUAAUACCUGGAAUGCCAAGUAGUUCUAGUGUAAAUGGAUAACAUUAUUUUUGUGUAACUAUGACAACUUCUUAAAUUAAUAUCGUAGCUGAAUAAUAUAUAAUUGCUUAAACCUUAACUCAAAAGGCUAAUGCUAUUAGUACUUUUGAAUCUACUUAUCCAAAUAUUUAUGCUUUAAAGAGUAAUACAAGGUAAAUUCCUGCUUAAAGUGGAUCUGCAUAAGUAAAAAGCAAAGGUGGAUUGACUAUAAAUGUUAUUUCAAAAAACUAAAAUUUAGUGGAUGAUUUUUAUGCAACAAUUGUUGCUCCAAAAUUAAAGGUUGGUUUAGUUAUGGAAACAUGGGGAAAUGGAACUGGAGGAUUGUAAGAACCUGCCUGUUCAAAUACUUAUCAAACUUAUAGCAAUAUUUAUAGAAAUCAUAAUGUAAAAAUAAAUUCUAUUUUAGGGUUAUAAAUUUAAAUAUACAAAAGAUCAUUCUAAAUUUGGAAUAUCAAUUCAAAGUGCUAUGCCAUAUGUUUGUAUGUCUGAUUUAAAUAGAAUGACAACAUAAAAUAAAAGAGGAGGAACUACUUUUUGUUUCUUGCAUGCCAAAAUGUGGAAUGUCAUAAAUAAGGCAUUCAUUGAAAGAUAAACAUGCUGA